AUGAUUCGUAAAGGAUUAGAUGAGAUUGUGGAGAAGCCGAGAAGGUGUUUGAGUAACGAGCGUGUGUGGUCUGAUUUAGGGUAUGCUUCUACGGAGACUACUGAUAAGGGAGUGAAGGAGACUGCAAUGGCUACAAGUGGUGGUGAAGAAGGGACUAUGACUGAUAUGAAAUGGAAGAAAGAUUCACAUGCUCAUGGAGCCACCUCUCAUCUUGAAGGGAUUAAUGGGGAGGUUCUUGUGGUUAAUCAGCCUGAUGUUAAUGCGUUUAGUAUGCCUGGUGGAAAGAUUGUGGUGUUUACUGGCCUGCUUAAUCAGUUCAAGUCAGAUGCUGAAGUUGCCACUGUGAUUGGCCAUGAGGUUGGUCAUGCGGUGGCUCGACAUAUAGCUGAGGGAAUAACAAAGAACUUAUGGUUUGCAAUCCUUCAACUCGUGCUCUAUCAGUUUGUCAUGCCUGAUCUUGUAAAAACUAUAUAUGUCUGCUCUUUUCUUGAAGCUUCCUUUCUCCAGAAAAGAUGGAGAUGGAAGGCGGAUUACAUUGGUUUGUUGUUGCUUGCAUCUACGGGAUAUGACCCACGAGUAGCUCCCACAGUGUAUGAGAAGCUGGGAAAGCUCGGUGGAGACAAACUCGGAGACUAUCUAUCGACACAUCCCUCAGGGAAAACGAGGUCAAAGCUUUUGGCUCAAGCAAAUGUGAUGGAAGAAGCACUAAUGAUCUAUAGAAAAAUCCAAUCAGGUCGCCAAGGCAUAGAAGGCUUUCUUUAGCCUUUCUCUACUCAUCUUUCAGCUUGCGUCUGUACAUUAUUUACCCUCCAGCUUUCAUGUUAUGUUAGUAUGUUCUUAUCCUUAAAUUGAUUAAUGCAAUUAAAAGUGAUUCUGAUUGAGACAUAUAGUUGAAUAGUUUGGUGUAGAUGAGUAUCUUUUUACAUAGAAAAUGCAAAUGGUGGGAGUAGGAAAAU